AUCAACACUUGCCACUUGAAUCUCUGACCAUCAGCUGGGAGGCCUGACUGUUUCUGUGAAUGAACCCACCAGUUUUAACUUGCGUUGAGCAAUGCUGAAAUUCCAAGAGACUACUAAGUGUGUGAGUGGAACCACAGCCAUUUCAAAGUAUCCAACUACCUUGAUUGCAAGAAGAUAUGUUCUGCAGCAGAAACUUGGCAGUGGAAGUUUUGGAACUGUCUAUCUGGUGUCAGACAAGAAAGCCAAACAGGGAGAGGAGCUAAAGGUACUUAAGGAAAUCUCUGUUGGAGAAUUAAAUCCAAAUGAAACUGUUCAGGCCAACGUGGAAGCCCAACUCCUUUCCAAGCUAAAUCAUCCAGCCAUUGUCAAGUUCCAUGCAAGUUUCAUGGAGCAGGAUAAUUUUUGCAUCAUCACAGAAUACUGUGAGGGUGGAGAUCUGGACUAUAAAAUUCAGGAAUAUAAAGAAGCUGGGAAAAUCUUUCCUGAAAAUCAGAUAGUAGAAUGGUUUAUCCAGUUGUUGCUUGGAGUUGAUUAUAUGCACGAAAGGAGGAUACUCCAUCGAGACUUGAAAUCAAAGAAUAUAUUUCUGAAAAAUAAUCAACUUAAAAUCGGGGAUUUUGGAGUUUCUCGGCUGCUAAUGGGAUCAUGUGAGUUGGCUACAACUUUAACUGGGACUCCCCAUUAUAUGAGUCCUGAGGCCCUGAAGCACCAAGGCUAUGAUGCCAAGUCUGACAUCUGGUCACUGGCAUGUAUUUUAUAUGAGAUGUGUUGCAUGGAUCAUGCGUUUGCCGGUUCCAGUUUCUUGUCUGUGGUUUUAAAUAUUGUCGAAGGCAACACACCUUCACUCCCCGAGGGAUUCCCACAAGAACUAAACACCAUCAUGCAACGCAUGUUGAACAAGAGUCCUUCAUUGAGACCCUCUGCUGUAGAAAUUUUAAAACUCCCUUACAUCGACGAGCAGCUUCAGCACCUGAUGCGCAAAUAUUCAGAAGUGAUGCUGGAAGACAAGAACUCAGUUUGUCAGAAGGACGCUGUUCAGAUAAUUAAUGCCAUGCAGAAAAAGAUUCACCUGCAGACUCUCCAAGCCCUGUCUGAAGUGCAGAAAAUGACUCCGAGAGAAAGGAUGCGGCUGAGGAAGCUGCAGGCAGCUGACGAGAAAGCCAGGAAACUGAAAAAGAUUGUGGAAGAAAAAUAUAAAGAAAAUAACAAACGAGUGCAAGAAUCCCAAUUCCAGAACUUUGAUCCCCUGAGUGUCGAUAUGCUUCAUGAAUUGGAUGAACGGACUUCCGAGAACCCGCCUGAGCCUCAGCCUCUUCCUUCCCUGAACCGCCAUGAAGCUGAGCCAAGUUUAGAGGACACCAUAGUUGGCCUUGGACACUAUGGGAUCCCAGAAGACCCACUUGUUGCUGAAGAGUAUUAUGCUGAUGUAUUUGAUUCCUGUUCGGAGGAGAGUGAGGAGCUGGAGGAAGAAACCGUGUUCUCAGAAGCAGAGGAACAAAUGAGGGACAAGGGAGCUGCACCUGCUUACAGAGCAAACCAACAGGACAGUGAUAUUGAAGCCUUGGUUGGGUGUUUGGAAAAUGUCCUGGGUUGUACCUCUCUAGACACAAGGACCAUUACCAGUACGGCUGCAGACACGUCCCCCAGACCAUCCGUUUUCAACAGUGAAGUGGCCAGGACCAAGAUGCAGCACAUGAAGGAAUCAGCCAUGCAGAAGCUAGGAAUGGAAGUGUUUGAGGAGGUCUAUGAUUACCUCAGGAGAGCAAGGCAUCAGAAGGCCUGUGAAGCAGAGGUCCGGGAGCAUUUGGAGACGGUGGUUCCUCGGGCCAGUGACUGCUUUGAAGUUGACCAGCUCCUCUAUCUUGAGGAGCAGCUGCUGACCACAGAAGGAAAAGAGCCUGCUCUCCGGAGCCUUCACUGUGAUGCUGCCCACAAAGAUGCACAUACAUUCCUGUGAAAAUCCACGAGCUUUACAGUCUGGGAAACAAUUGCUCAGCUGGAGCCUCCAUCUUUAACCUCCAGUUCCUGGUCAGAAAUUAUGGUAUCUAUGUCUGUAUGCACUCAGCUGGCUGCUGGUGCCUGUGGGUCUGGGUCAUAGAAAGGCUUUCCUUCACGCCUUCAGCCCCAGGGUUUGCAGUGGGUAGAAGCACUCUGACGACUCAGGUGCUCAUACUGCAUCCAUCCAGGGCAUGCUCAACACCCACCCACCAUGAUCUCUAAGAGCUAUGUCCAACCUGCUUGUGAUGGGCAUGGGACACCAGCCUGGACAUCUGCCUGCUAAUCUCCAGUGAUGGAUUUUUUGAACAACAUUUUUUCUUUCUUUUUCUGACUAACAUGCAAGCAGUAUAUAAAUAAUGGCUUGGAUCGAAUCCCGACAGUGACUCCAUUCUGUGAUUUAUUCCCAAAACUCACUCAUGGAGCAAUAAAGGCUUUUGUUCAUAAUGAAU